AUGCCGUGCAAAGAAGUGAAAGGACCUAAAGAAAAAAGAUUAUCCGAACCAAUUAGCGGUUUUAAUUUUGAACCCAAUCGUGUGAAGUUUGCUUUAUCAUUAGUGGAUUCUAAUAUCUUACUUCCAACUGAAAUUGAUAGUAUUGCUAAACUUCGUAAUGUACUAAUAGAAGAUAUUUCUUUUACAAUAUUUAAAAAUACAAAUAAAAGAAAAUUACAAUCAUUAAAAUAUAUUCCCGAAAGUAAGGGUGGUGAUACUACAAAAUUUAUUUCAAAUUUUCUCAAAUUAUGUUAUAAUGCUGAAAUUAAUGAUACAGAAGAACAAAAGAAUUAUCUUUAUAAAUCAUUUACAAUGAAUAGUUAUUUUUCGAAAGAAUUUUAUAAUAAAACGAAAAAUGCGAAUUCAAUUAAUGAAUUAAUUAAAGGAUUUGAAGAUAUUGUUUUUGAUGAAUCAAAUUUAAUUAAAAAUGAUUCUAUUGUAGCAUUAAAACAUGGAGUUUCCAAAAUUCUAAACUCUUUAUGGAAAAUUAAAUUUGUUAAAGAAUUGAUUACGUACUCCAAUACUUGUAAAAUAUUACAACGCGUCAAAUCUAGUAAUAAAUUUCUUGGAAUAGACGAUAGAUUUACCUCUCCGUCAACUAAUCACACGGAAGUGAGUAGUUGUAAUGAUACCUAUCAUUGUUGCAUUAAGAAAUCUACCAAAACUGACAAGUUGAAUUUCUACGUAAUUAUGAUAUUCAAUUUACUAUUGGGAAUAAUACUUAUCAAGAAAGUUGUUUGUCAUAAUGAAAGAUUAGGAGGAAACGAUGAAUGGUGUAUUGAGCUUAUUAAACAACAUAUUUUGACCAUAGAUACUUUGCACGAUUAA